AUGGCGACGGUACAUGCCGACGAGCUGGUUGAGGUCGAGGUUGCCUGGCUCGGUGCGAGGCCUAGAGAUCCUCGACAGCCAGCCGUGAUUGACCUUACCGAUCUCCCCGACAGCCCUCCCUCGAACCGCCCACCUCGUCGAGAACCAUCUACCGGAAGCCUUAGGAGCCGCCGAACAAACUCACAACGACGAAGCCCACCAACCCUGAACCGCACCGAUAGUAUUACUAUGACGGGGGGAAACAUCGUAAAUAACAAUAACGGACCUGGGGGAAGCCUUGUCAUCGACCUCACCAGGGAACAAUCACCUGAUCUUAACAACCGCUUACCACUGCCCGUGGAUCCUGCACCUACCCUUGGAACAAACGGAAACCUGGACCACCUGGCGUUACCCAAUCUGGCCCCGACCAGACGUCGGCCACCGACUGCGGAUCAUAGAAGACCUCUAGGUGCCAACUUCCUACCGAACGCCGCCCUCGACUACAUCAACGCAUUCGCAUUGCUUCAUGACGGACCAGGUCGAUCGGCUAGAAUCCGUAACGCGCCACCCUUCCGAUACUUCAUGAACGAAGCCCCCUUUGAACCAGCCAUUGGUGGUUUGCACUUGAACUACCAACGAGCGGCGUUUACUACACCACCUGCGCCUCCCCCGCCUCCCCCACCUCCCAAGAUGACUGUCCCCCCAGCUCGCGAAGGCUUCACGAGGGAUACGGGCGAGGAUGUGGUCGUCAUAUGCCCGGCGUGUAGCGGGGAACUUGAAUAUGACCCGUCAGGAGGAAGAGAGGAUGGUUCGACGGGCAAGAAGCGCGCGAAGAGAGAAAAGGGCGAGCAUCAUUUCUGGGCUGUCAAGGCUUGUGGACAUGUUUAUUGCCAAAGCUGCUUCGACAGCCGACGUCCUACGACGAAGAACCAAUCCAGAUUCCGAGCAUCAGACGGAUCGUCGAGACUCACGCCCCAGUCCAAGGUGUUUUGUGCUGUCGACGGCUGCAAAUCAGAUGUCACCAACAAAGGAGCGUGGGUCGGGAUCUUUCUCUAG